CAUAUCACGCAAAGUAGUAUGCCACGCCAUGCCUUCCCUCCCCCAAAAUGUCAAAAAGCCCACCGAAUCGCGCCACUUUUUCUGCCCAAAAUCGUCAUUUCCGCCUCGUCUCGAGGACUCCCCUUGCCCACUCUCUUCCUCGAUAUAUGGACACAUCACUCACAACUCUCUCACACCAAUCUCCGUCGCUCGCCUUUCCCCCGCCGGAGCAACCGCAAUGUCUUCGUUCCGCGCCGCCGUCUUCCUCCUCCUCCUUGCCGUCGCCUCCGCCCACGACUACCACGACGCGCUCCGCAAGAGCAUCCUAUUCUUCGAAGGCCAGCGCUCCGGCAAGCUCCCUCCCGAUCAGCGCGUCAAAUGGCGCCGCGACUCCGCAUUGCGCGACGGCUCCACCGUCGGGAGGGAUUUGACGGGAGGCUACUACGACGCGGGAGACAACAUCAAGUUCGGGUUCCCGAUGGCGUUCACCACCACGCUGCUGUCGUGGAGCAUUAUCGACUUCGGGAGGACCAUGGGGCCGGAGCUGAAGAACGCCGUGAAGGCCGUCCGGUGGGCGACGGACUACCUCCUCAAAGUCACGGUCGAUCCCGGCGUGGUCUACGUGCAGGUCGGCGACGCCUUCUCCGACCACAACUGCUGGGAGAGGCCGGAGGACAUGGACACCCUCCGUACCGUCUACAAAAUCGACCGGGACCACCCCGGAUCCGACGUGGCAGGCGAAACCGCCGCUGCUCUCGCUGCUGCAUCAAUCGUUUUCCGAUCACGUGACCCUUCCUACUCCGCGCUGCUCCUCAAUCGUGCCGUUAGGGUGUUCGAGUUUGCGGAUACGCACAGGGGCGCGUACAGUAGCAGCUUGCACGCGGCGGUGUGUCCGUUUUACUGCGAUGUCAACGGUUACCAGGACGAGUUGCUUUGGGGGGCGGCUUGGCUACACAAGGCAUCCCGGCGGCGGGUGUACAGGGAGUACAUUAUUAAAAACGAGGUCGUUUUGCACGCCGGAGAUACCAUCAACGAGUUCGGUUGGGACAACAAGCACGCCGGCAUUAACGUCCUCAUUUCUAAGGAAGUGUUGAUGGGAAGAGCAGACUAUUUUGAGAAUUUCAAGCAGAAUGCAGACGGGUUUAUCUGUUCUUUAUUGCCUGGCAUUUCUCAUCCUCAAGUCCAAUACUCUCCAGGCGGGCUGAUCUUCAAGGCCGGCGGGAGCAAUAUGCAGCAUGUAACCUCCUUAUCCUUCCUACUUGUGGCUUACUCCAAUUAUCUCAGCCACUCCAACAAGGCUGUCCCAUGUGGUUCCCACUCUGCUUCCCCUGCUCUCCUCCGCCAGCUCGCCAAACGUCAGGUAAUUUACUAAUGGCAUUUUCACUCUCACUAUUGCUCUCCCCACUCAACUUUUGCCCAACGGUUAUAGACUAUGCCACUGGAAGUUCAAUUGGGCCCAACUGACCAAUGGAACUCCUCCGCGGGACCAUAGCCGAAAUCAGUUAGAAACUAACGGCUAUAGUUUUGUCUGUUGGUGAAUAGAAUACUGCAGAAUGUCUGUUCCUCAUCAAUGACAACUUCCCAUAUCUAUCUCUCUGCUGAAUCACGUGCCGGGGCAUGGGCAACUGUGCAGCGGGAGAAACCGUAUAAUGUUUUCUCGGAAACAAUACUGACGAGACGACGGAUCUUUUUACUUAACUGGCAGGUGGAUUACAUUCUGGGAGAUAACCCGCUGAGGAUGUCGUACAUGGUGGGCUACGGUGAGCGUUACCCGCAGAGGAUCCACCACAGGGGCAGCUCGCUCCCAUCUGUUAAGGCCCACCCGGCCCGGAUCCAUUGCAAAGAAGGCUCGCUCUACUUCCUCACCCCGAACCCCAACCCGAACCGGCUCGUUGGAGCUGUGGUUGGUGGGCCCAAUGUCACUGAUGCUUUCCCGGACUCCAGGCCCUACUUUCAGGAGUCUGAGCCCACUACCUACAUCAACGCUCCUUUGGUGGGCCUCCUUUCGUACUUCUCAGCCCAUUCAUGAUUCAAUCUCUCUCCCUCGCCUGUGCCCGACAUCGUUAUCGAUUUUGCGGUUCGCCAUCUUAUUAUCUACGUUUAUUUGUCUUAGUAGCUAGUGGUAGUGGUGUGCGAAAAUUGUCACCCUGCCUUCCUUUCCCCACGCAAAUCUUCCUUAGUAUUGAUAUUGUUGCAAUAUUGCCCUCUUUGUAAUUGUUCACGAUCCUUCCUAAUUCCUACCUUAGAAUGUUCAAUGAAAAGGGAGAACGUAUUGGUGAAAGUCGGGUGUUCACUUAUUUUCCAACAAUCUCGUAUCUUGAUUGGAC